AUGUCCACUACCCACAUUGCCCUUGUUACAGGCGCCUCCCGAGGCAUCGGAGAGGCCAUCGCCCUGCGCCUCGCAGAGGAUGGAUACGACUUGGCGUUGAAUGACUUAGCUCCCAUGGCCGACGGGUUGGCCGCUCUUGUUAAGAAGGUCCAGCUGAAGGGCAGACGCGCUGUGGCUAUCCUCGGGGACGUGUCCCACGAGCACGACGUGAAGGCUAUGGUUGAUAAGGCCGUUCACGACCUGGGAGGUCUGGAUGUGAUGGUCGCAAACGCAGGCAUCCUUAUACUUGAUUCUGUGCUUGAGACUUCUGUCAAAGACUUCAAUCGCGUCAUGUCUAUCAAUGUCCUAGGUACCUUCUUAUGCUUCAAGUACGCUGCUAUGCAAAUGAUCAAGCAGGGGCGAGGCGGCCGAAUCAUAGGUGCCUCCUCGUUGGCUGGCAAGACAGGAGCGUACAAUCUGUCUGCGUACUCUUGCUCGAAGUUCGCUAUACGUGCGCUCACACAGACUUGCGCAAUUGAGUGGGCGGAGCAUGGAAUUACCGUGAACAGCUACGCCCCCGGACUCAUCCACACUGCAAUGGUUGCAACUCCUGACGAUCCCAAGCGCACUGAUGCAAAUAAGUUCAAGGAGUCUCUUCAUAUGCCCGCGAACUUACCGGAGGCGGAUCCCUCUGCCAUCGCAGGACUGGUAUCCUACCUCAUAAGGCCCGAAUCUCAGUUUAUCAGCGGCCAGUGCGUCAACAUCAAUGGAGGCUCCUUUUUCGACUGA